CCCUAUACUACCAAUUGAGCCGGCGCACCAUUCACUCGACCCGACGCGAGACGCAUUCGCUUGCUGUCUGUGACCCUACGGAACCCUCGCCGCUGUUGACGCCCCCCGGCGCUCGCACACGCUGCACGCGAUCGCUCCCGACUGCUCCACGCAUCCGCCCACGCAACACCAUACACAAUGUCGAAGUCACUUGUGGGCAAGCCGAUAGUGCGGAAGCUCUUCUCCUCGUCGCAAGUCGGCGUCGUCGUCUCGGCAGGCCGCAUGUCCAAAGCCGUUAAAGUCCGCAUAGCAGCCCAGGAAUGGAACAAGAAGUUCAGAAAACACUUCCCCUCGGAACAAACCUAUCUCGUCGCGGACCCCAACUCCUCCCUUGUUGAAGGCGACGUCGUCCGCAUCGCCUCGGGCUGGCGCACCUCUAAAUCAAUCCGCCACGUUGUAACCUCUAUCGUGUCGCCCUUCGGCGAGCCCGUCGAGAACCGCCCUCCCAUCUUGACCGAAGAAGAGCGCAUGCAGCUCCGCAUCCAGGAGCGGUUACUCAAGGACGUGCGGAGCGCGGCAAAGGGGCGGCAGACGAGCUUGCAGCGGCUGGCUGAGGCGCGGCGGCAGAAGCUGCAGAUCCCGAGUCUGGAGGAAGCUAUGGCGAAUGUGCGGAUAGCGGAGCAGGCGGAGAAGGCCACAAAGGGUGAAGCUCACAAGGGGCACACUGGGCAGGCGGAGACGAGGAAGGAGAGGCGGAUCGAGGCCGGGAGGGAGAGGAAGGAGGAGAAGAAGGCGGAGGCGAAACUGAAGAGGGCGCAGGCGCAGACGGUGUAGGGGAAUCUCUGGCAUCACAUGGGAGUUCUGUAGGAUUACACGUGUACAAAGAGUUGUUCACAUACCAGCAUUGGAGGUGUUUGGAAUAUUCGAAAUGUAGCAUAUUAUCUAUCUUCAAAACUCAUACUCGACGUGAAUAUAUCAUACAAC